AUGCAGCAGAAGCGUCUCGCCGCCGGCCUCGUUGCCGCCUUCGCCGCCUACGUCCAGGCCGAUUCCGACGUCACCCAGUUGACCAAGGACACCUUCGCCGAUUUCGUCAAGGCCAACGACCUGGUCCUUGCUGAGUUCUUCGCUCCCUGGUGCGGCCACUGCAAGGCCCUUGCCCCCGAGUACGAGGAGGCUGCUACCUCCCUCAAGGAGAAGGACAUCAAGCUCGCCAAGGUUGACUGCACUGAGGAGGCCGACCUGUGCAAGGAGUAUGGUGUUGAGGGUUACCCUACCCUCAAGGUCUUCCGUGGCCCUGAGAACAUCAGCCCCUACGGUGGUCAGCGCAAGGCUGCUGCUAUCACCUCCUACAUGGUGAAGCAGUCCCUGCCCGCCGUCUCCAUCCUGAACAAGGACACCCUCGAGGACUUCAAGACCGCCGACAAGGUCGUUCUUGUUGCCUACAUCGCUGCUGACGACAAGGCCAGCAACGAGACUUUCGGCAAGGUCGCUGAGACCCUCCGUGAUACCUACCUCUUCGGUGGCGUCAACGACGCCGCCGUCGCUGAGGCUGAGGGCGUCAAGGCCCCCGCCAUCGUCCUCUACAAGUCGUUCGAUGAGGGCAAGAACACCUUCACCGAGAAGUUCGACGAGAAGGCCAUCACAGAUUUCGCCAAGACCGCUGCCACACCCCUCAUUGGUGAGGUCGGUCCUGAGACCUACUCCGGCUACAUGUCCGCCGGUAUCCCCCUCGCCUACAUCUUCGCUGAGACCGAGGAGGAGCGCGCAUCUCUCGGCAAGGACCUUCGCCCUAUCGCUGAGAAGUUCAAGGGCAAGAUCAACUUCGCCACCAUUGACGCCAAGGCUUUCGGUGCUCACGCCGGAAACCUGAACCUCAAGACUGACAAGUUCCCUUCUUUCGCUAUCCAGGACGUUUCCAAGAACCAGAAGUACCCCUUCGACCAGGAGGCUGAGAUCACCCACGACUCCAUCGCCAAGUUCGUUGAGGAGUUCUCCACUGGCAAGAUCGAGCCCAGCAUCAAGUCUGAGCCCAUCCCCGAGACCCAGGAGGGUCCCGUCACAGUCGUUGUUGCCAAGUCCUACAACGAUAUCGUCCUUGAUGACACCAAGGAUGUCCUGAUCGAGUUCUACGCCCCCUGGUGCGGUCACUGCAAGGCUCUCGCUCCCAAAUACGAGGAGCUUGGUGCCCUCUACGCCAAGAGCGAGUUCAAGGACAAGGUUGUCAUCGCCAAGGUUGAUGCUACCCUGAACGACGUUCCCGAUGAGAUCCAGGGCUUCCCCACCAUCAAGCUCUACCCCGCCGGUGGCAAGGACGCCCCCGUCACCUACCAGGGUGCCCGCACUGUUGAGGACUUCAUUGAGUUCAUCAAGGAGAACGGCAAGCACAAGGCCGUCGUCAGCGUUGCCCAGGAGGAGGAGACCUCCACCUCCGAGUCCACCGCCUCCGCCACCGACAAGGCUGAGGAGACCAAGAAGGCUGAGGAGACUAAGCACGAUGAGCUGUAA